AUGAUCUUGCUUACUCUGCAAGGGGACAGACAUGGCUCUAAGAUGACACAACCUGAAACACAAGUCAUCCCAGUAGCUAUUGCCAUGUUCCAGUAUAAUAACAAGAAACGGGUGAACACAGGGCUUGCUCCCCUUGAUGCCAUGACUGUUCCCUGUAUCGCCAUGGCUCGCACUCGACCCACUUUCUAUCUGGUUCCAGUUACUAAAGCACUCAGAGAUGCGGUUGUGUCUGGCGAGUACCCCGAAACUCCAACCACAGUCUUGAAGUGUAACACAGUUUUGGGGCCCAAUCGUCCAAUCAGUAAAGGCAUGGAGGAUCGGCGGCUCGCAUUUCAGCGUUUGAUCGCAUUCAAAGAUCUUUCCAGGGGACACUGGAAGAAAUUCGUCGAGUGA